AUGAGCCACCGUUUCUUCAGAUUUGGGGAUGGGAAUUUCAGUUCUUCUUCUGCUCACUGUGGCACGCUGGGUGGUGGGAGAAAUUUAUCCACCUACUGUGAAGACAACAGAGGAGAAGAAAGAUACGGUGGUUAUGGGUAUGGUUAUGGCAGCAGGAGCCUCCACAACCUUGGUGGGUUUAGGAAUGUUUUUGCUGGUGGAGGCUACGGAGGAGAAGAAAGAGGAUAUGGAAGGUGCCUGGGAUUUGGUGGAAGGAGGUACCUUGACAGGGGCUUUGGUAGGAGAGGAUAUUUUGUAGGAGCCUUUCAAGGUGGGGAAGCAGGGCUUGGUACCACGUAUGGAGGAAGUUCAGGCAGGGAGGCAUUUGGAGGAAGCCUUGGUAGAAGUGCCUUUGGUGAACAAGGGGCUGGCCAGGGCUAUGGGCAGGCUGGUGUCAGCAGAGGCAUCGAGGAGGUCCACGUCAAUACCAGCCUGCUGAGGCCAAUCCAAGUGCAAGUUGACCCUGAGUUCCAGAGGGUGCGGUCAGAUGAGAAAGAGCAGAUUAAGGCUCUCAACAACAAAUUUGCAUCAUUCAUCGAUAAGGUUCAAUGUCUUGAGCGGCAGAACCAGGCCUUGAUGGCCAAAUGGGAACUUCUGCAGCAACAAAGCACACGACCAGAAGAGAGCAGAAAUAUCACCUCUUUCUUCCAAUCCUACAUCAGCAACCUGCAGAGGCAGCUGGAAAUGCUCCAGAACCAGAAGGAGCAGCUGGAUCCCGAAGCGUAUAAUAUGCUUCAUCUGGUUGAAGAUUAUAAAAAAAGAUUCGAGGAUGAGAUCAACAAACGCGCAUCUACAGAGGAGGAGUUUGUGGAGCUUAAAAAGGAACUAGACAGUGCCUACAUGGGAAAAAUGGAGUUUGAUGUUCGGGUGGAAAUACUGAAGCAGCAGCUUGAGUUCCUCAGGUGCCUACACGAAGCUGAACUGUCCCAGCUGCAAACAGUAGUUGGCAACACCAAUGUCAUUCUGUCCAUGGACAACCACAGAGAACUCAAUAUGGACGGCAUCAUUGAAGAAGUCAGGCAGGAAUAUGAGGCAAUUGCUCAGAGAAGCAAAGCUGAAGUAGAUGCCAUGUAUCAGGGCAGGUACCAGGACCUCCAGAACAUGUGGGUAAAUCAACGCGAGCAACUGCGGGGCAGUUACCAGGAAAUCCAGGAACUCACCAGGCAGGUCCAAAGGAUACAACAAGAAAUUGAAAUUGCGAAAAAAAAGAAUUCUGGCCUCCAAGAAACCAUCAAAGAUGCUGAGCAGCGUGGGAACUCUGCCAUCAAAGACGGCCAACAAAAGCUUCAGGAGCUGGAAAAUGCCCUGCAGGAGGCCAAAGAUGAUCUGACUCGCCUUCUCCAUGAUUAUCAGGAGCUGCUGAAUGUGAAAUUGGCCCUGGAUAUUGAAAUUGCCAUGUACAGAUCGCUCCUCGAGGAGGAGGAGGCCAGGAUACAGGAAGGCUCCCCGGCCACCAUCUGUGAGUAUCUCAAGGCUUUGCUUUAA